AUGUCUACACCUAUCACCGUGGCCAGGACGGCCCCCAUACCAAUUGCGCCAAAGCCCUCGCGUAAAACGCCGAGUCGGCAGAGCACCAUGUCGGACGCCUACUCCCAUAAUAUGAGCGGUCUCAACUCGCCUGGGUCAGACUCGGCGUCGAUGAACGGGGGACAGCCGUCCAUGCCCUGUGAUGCCUGUCUGCGCCGUCGAAUAAAGUGCAUCCUCAGCGAGGAUGAUGACCAGGAUGGUACAGGUAACAGCUGCAUAUCAUGCCAGGCAAACCGCAUGGACUGCUCCUUGGCUGAAAGUCCGGCGCUGCGGAAGCGCAAGCUGAAUGGCGAACAGGAGGUUAGCCACAGCAAAAGAAGCUCCCCCGGCUGGUCUGACAGCAGGAAGCAACGCCAGAACCAACCUGGACAUGCCAGUUUCUCGAGCACCGUGGCGAGUAGUUCUUUCAUCGAGGAUAUGGCGAACUUUGGAGGGCCAACUCUCCUCAAACGGUCCUUGGGCCUGCAAAAAGACCGUUAUAGCCAGUACAUAGGACCGACGACCGACUUUGAGCCGUCGCUCAUUAACCUCUCUCCCUUCGACCCUCAUGAUGAAAGUCUGUUGGCACGGGGCACUUUGCGGAAAGUCGGCGAGCAGGACACCUUUUUGCUGCUGCCGGAUCAUAUCACACCCGGCUAUGAGCACCAGCCCAGCGACUCGGAAGAAAUCGAAAAAAUCGUUGCGCCGCACGGCCGGCAGCUGCUCGACCUAUACUUCCGCGUCAUUCACCCUGGCUUUCCUGUCCUGCAAAAAUCAGUAAUCUAUGACAAGUACGAGAGGGACUAUCGCGACAUCUCGCCUCCAUUACUUGCCGCCAUAUACCUCUUGUCUAUCAACUGGUGGGACCACGAUGAGAAGCUCGCCUCAUUACCGAAACCAAACGUCACCGAUCUCGAGCGGUUGGUGCGCGACACGCUUGCCGAUUCCAUGUUUCGUCCAAAGCUCUCGACGGUGCAGGCAGGAUUACUCCUCUCACAGCGGCCCGAGGGAGACCAAUGGGCACCUACAGCACAACUCGUGGCCAUAGGGCAGGAGCUUGGUCUCCAUCUCGAUGCCAGUGCCUGGAAAAUACCCCUGUGGGAAAAGGGGCUGCGAAAAAGACUUGCCUGGGCCUUGUACAUGCAGGACAAAUGGGGCUCGCUGGUCCACGGCCGCCCUUCGCAUAUAUUUGCGUCCAAUUGGGCGGUGCAGCAGCUUGCGCCAGGCGAUUUUCCCGACGACGAGUGGGCAGACGACAACGUUGAGGAUCGGGAGGAUAUCGAGAGAGGCCGGAUUCUGUUUGCGCAGAUGGUGCAGCUCACACAGAUACUUGCCGAGACUUUGGAUACGUUCUACACCUUGCAGGCGAUGCAGACGAUAUCUAACGCAGGAGCACAGGGAACGCUAUUAGUGCUCUCGUUGGCCAAGCCCAUUCAAAUAAGGCUGAGGGAAUGGUAUAGUUCACUGCCCGGCCCAAUUCGCAUGGACUCGAGCAGCGCCUCCCCGUCGCAGUGUUUCUCUACAUCCAACAGGAACGGGAGACUCACCAGCAUUGGCUAUUUACACCUGGCGUACUUUGCCACCGAGAUAACGCUGCACCGACGUAUCAUCCGCUCCCUUGCCGUCACCGAGGAGCUGGCGGCAGGUGCGGGUACUGGAAACGGCACUCCUUCAUCUGUGGCCGCAACACCAGCACCCGCACCCGCGUCCGCGUCCGCGUCCGCACCGACACCUACGCCAAGCUUUGGACCAGCAAGCCCCGAGACGAUAUUGGACGUCUGCAGGAGUGCAGCCAAGGCGCGACUGAUUUCGGCCAUGGACUUUGUCAACCGCCUGACGCCAGCGCACCUUCGUGCGUUUUGGUACUUUGCAUCAAAGACCAAUUUCGCUCUCAUAGGCACAUUCGGUUCCCUACUGUGGGCGACCUCACCAGGCCGUCAGGAGGCAGACUGGUACCGCAGGCGGCUGGCCGAGUACCGGUGGACUCUCUCAGUAAGCUCCAAGCCGGGCGAGGGCAGGGGACUGACCGAAUUCGCCAUGGGGAUGCUCGACAUCAGCACCGGGCUGCUGAACAAGUUGCCCGAGAAGCCUUUGGUGAGCCGAAGCGGCUCUGCCGUGGACUUCGAGGGCAUGAGACGGCAGCUGGCCAUGGGAACGGGAGUGAGCGCCCGGGGCCCUCCCGGGUCUGCCGGUGUGGCUGGCAGCCUGCCGGCGGGUCGCGGUCUCGGUGGUCUUGGCGGCGGCCAGUCCUUUAGCUUCAGCAACCUGCAAAGCGCUUAUGGAAGCGGGGUGCUAAGUCCGAGAAGCCAUAGCGGGGACGGAGGGAUCGGCGAAGAUCUUGAUGGCGACGAGGAGGGAGAUAGCAGUGACGAUGCGACCGGAGAUGAGUUUAUGUACGGGGGCAUACCACCACCGUAG